AUGUCGUCCACACGCGAUGGCUUGCGCGAAUCGAUCAACCGCGGAUGUGAUGUCGGCGUUAUUGGAAGCAGCAGCAGCAGCACUAGCAACCGCGCCACGCCCACCAAACCAAAGAUCAAGCUCACUCUCGAUCCCUUCUUUUUCGCGCCUAAAAAUGGUUCAAAGAAGCGCAAGCAGGGUGAUGACGUCGGUGAGGUGGGCGAUCUGGGUGACUUGAACAAAUUGCGCGAUCCAAACGACACAAACGACGCAGCCCAGCGCAGCUACUUGGAUAGCACGCGUCGAGCACUCACUCCGCACGCUUACCUGACGCGCACGCGGCUGAAACACUUUGAUGGGCAGCUCAGUGCGCAUGCGAUGGAUAUGUGUGGAGCAUACGUAGGAUCGUUUAGAUCCUCAGACACUGUGCACUUCCCCAGCAGGCUCUCCACGCGAACUUACGCUCCUCCACUCACAACCGCGUUCAUUCCAUCCACACGCUCCACCCCCAAUCCGAUACUGGCAGUGGGGGAUGAGGAGGGAGGUGUGACGAUGGUUGGUGUUGGAGCUGACGCGUCGCAACCACAACCACAAUCACAGCAGUCUCACUCGCACUCGACCGUCGGCUGCUUCGACGCGCACGACAACGCGAUCUUCGAUCUCAGCUUUAGCCGCGACUCGCUCCUCUUCGCGACAGCAUCGGCUGACCAGGAGACACGAGUGUGGGACACGGCUACGCAGACACACACCGCCACCUGCCACGGCCACACAGGCUCCAUCAAAUCCCUCGCCUGGUCGCCCUUCUCCACGCCCAUACUCGCCAGUGCGGCGCGCGAUGGCUCCAUUCGGAUCUGGGAUGCACGGACGCGGUGUCGGGGUGCGAGUGCAGUGGUCAGCGAGGCACGCAAUGCACACGACUCACACGACCCAUCCGAGCUAGACAGCCUGCUCACUAUUGAUAGGGCUCACGCAUCUCUCUCCGAGCAGCGCAAACGGAGCAGCAUCGGCAGGAGCAUCACCCGCUCUGUAACUUCCAUCACCUUCCUACAUACGCGCGACAACACUCUCGCUAGCGCUGGCUCAGCUAAUGGCUCAGUCAAGCUGUGGGAUGUGCGCGGCGCGAGCUCGAGCUGUCGACAGACUACAGGUAGUGGUGCAGACACAUCUACACAAAGCAAACAAAGCAAACAAAGCAAACAAGCCAAGGUGAAAAACAGACCGCUCGCUGAAACACCCGACAUGACUCAGAGUGACAGCGGGAGUGGCAGCCGACGACCGCAUGGCGUUGCGCAUAUGGUCUCGGAUGGGCAGUGGUUGUGGACUCUAUGUACGAAUUCCAUCAUCUACGGCUAUCCGGCGAACAACCUAGACAGUAAAGUAGACGCACCGAUCCAGUUGUCAGAUCCGGAUAUGCAGUGCGCAUCUUUCUGGGUCCGGCUGGCUAUUAGUCCCGAUGCGCGCUAUUUGAGCUGCGGGAGUACUAAUGGCAAGGUGUUCAGCUGGGAUAUCGCCAACAGCAAGAGGAUGAAAAGGUCGCAAGGGAAGGCCAUCCAUUUUACACAUGCUAGACAGGACCUCCUCUCACAACUCAAUCAGCCCGCUAGCGCGGAAGUGGGAUCACUCGAUUGGGCAGACGAUGUGCUCGCUACCUGCUCGGAUGAUAUGACUGUGCGUCUCUGGAGACCUCGGCCGUAG